CCCCCGCGUGGCUGAGGUCAGUACUGCAUCGAGAGUGCACGGAGGAGGCGUGUGACGCUAUCACACCAACGUCUCAAUCUGACCUAAAACAACCUCAGUGUGUGUCGGUGGUCUUUAAAACAGCAGCCGUGCCACGCCGCGCCCCCACCCCCAGCGGAGCCGUCAUGUGGCAGGAGGCCCGCAAACAUGAGCGCAAGCUCCGUGGCAUGAUGGUGGACUACAAGCGCCGAGGCGAGCGCCGGCGAGAAUAUUACGAGAAGAUAAAAAAAGAUCCAGCUCAGUUUCUUCAGGUUCAUGGCCGAGCCUACAAGAUCCAUCUGGAUCCUGCUGUGGCGUUAGCCGCUGAGAGCCCCAUCAACAUGAUGCCAUGGCAAGGAGAUGCCAACAACAUGAUUGACAGGUUUGAUGUCAGGGCUCAUCUGGACUACAUCCCCACCUACACACCCCCACUGCUGAACACAUCCAGUCCAGAGCAGGAAAUGGAGGAGAGGAGGUGUAACUAUGAGCGCUACAGAGGCCUUGUGCAAAAUGACUUCGCAAACAUCUCUGAGGAACAGUGUUUGUAUCAAAUCUACCUGGAUGAACUCUAUGGUGGACUGCAGAAACCAAAUGAAGAUGAGAAGAAAAAACUGGCAGAGAAAAAGGCCACCAUUGGUUACACCUAUGAAGACAGCACAGUGACGGAGCCUGAGCCCCAGUCAGACAAAGAUGAAGACAAUUCAGAAAACAGUGAAUCUGAAGAGGAUGAGGGCAUCCCAGAUAUUGAUGUGGAGGUUGAUGUUGAUGAGCUGAACCAGGAGCAGGAGUUGGACCUAAACAAAAUAGCAACUCCAUAUGGAAUGGCUGAAGGAGACUUUGUCAGGAUGCUGAGGAAAGACAAGGAGGAAGUGGAGGCCAUCAAACAUGCUAAAGCUUUGGAGGCAGAAAAGGCCAUGUACUCUGGCCGGCGUUCUCGCAGACAAAGGAGAGAGUUCCGAGAGAAGAGGCUAAAAGGUAGACAGAUUAGCCCACCAAGCUAUGCCAGGAGAGACAGUCCAACAUAUGACCCUUAUAAAAGACCAGAGUCAGAAUCCAGCUCUGAGUCGCGAUCGCGUUCUCGGACUCCAGGUCCAGAGAAGAUCACCUUCAUCACCAGCUUUGGAGGUAGCGACGAAGAAGCUGCGGCAGCAACCCUAACACCUGCUCCUCACUCUGGCCACGCCCCCUCCAUUUUGCAGCACCCUGCAGGUCAUAGCAGGGGCUCCCGGAAACGAAGGUCAUCGUCAAGUCGCUCCCCUUCCUCCUCCUCCCAAUCCUCAUCUCGGUCGUCUUCUCACUCAUCUUCUCGUUCACGUCGAGCACGACGAGGACGGGGGGGAAGGGACGGGCGUCGGUCCAGAAGCCACUCGCGUUCAAGGCGGCGCACCAGGUCUCACUCCAGAGGUAGAGGAGGCAACGGAGGAGGUAGAGGAGGAUCCUGGAGAAGACGUGACCGGUCACGGUCCCGGUCCAAUGAACGGGACAGAGAGCGAGAGAGGGACAGGGACAGAAGACGAUACACGGCUCGCAAACGUACAAGGUCUCGUUCCAGCUCACGGCAGGGGGGUAGUUCCAGGCGAGGAGGCCGGAGCAGUGGAGGCCACAAGCGGGGAGACAGUCACAGCCGUAGUCGUAGUCGCAGCAACAGCCCCAGCCCCAGCCCCAGCCCCAGCCGCAGCCCCAGUCUUUCUCAGUCCCCCUGCCGACUGAACCACCGCCUUUCCCCUUCGCACAGAGGGGCCCAGCCCUCUGCUGCCACCUCCAUAUGUGACAAACUAAGAAAGCCUGAUACUCCGGGUGGUAAAGAGACGGGAGCUGCCAAACCCAAGAUGACCCCACAGGAGCGACUGAAGCUACGAAUGCAGAAGGCGCUCAACAAGCAGUCCAAGGCGGAUAAAAAAGCAGCUCAAGCGAAGAACCAGCAGCAGGAAAACAAAAGACAGGAGCGAGAAGGAGAAUUACGAGCCAUGGCACGCAAGAUACGCAUGAAGGAGCGCGAGCGCCGUGAGAAAGAGAGAGAUGAAUGGGAAAGACAGUACGGGAGACAGAGCCACUCGCCAUCUCCUUCCAAAUAUGGCCGAGAACACAGCUCCUAUAGAAGGAGGUCACGGUCCAGAUCACGGAGUCCUCACCACAGAUACUGAGCAAACAGGUGGAAAAUAUCAUUCUACAGUGCAUUACCAUGUGACAGACACACAUACCGUCUAAUUGGGCGAGAGGGAAAGCAAUUGGGAGAAGAUGAGAACAGAAGAUGGGCUCUGAUAGUUUGUUUUAAGUAUCAAAACUUUGUUUUUAUCUCUUAGUUUCACUAAUUACAAGCAGCUGAUUUUGAUCUUCAGUUUCACUUCAUCAUGUAAAGAUCGUAUGAUUAUCUUUUUUUUCUUUCUACCUGAACUCUUCUCUUCGCUGCAGACUUAUCUACACACACACGUGCUAUUCUUCAAAGUAUACAAUACUAAGCAAUACCUUAACUUUCACCGUAUUCAUUGUUCUCCCAUAUGUUAGUUUUCCGCUGAAAAAGGAACACACAAUAAGGAUUGUUUUAAACAUGCCUCAUGAACUGGUGUACAGGAUAUUUAUACACGUCCAUUAGAAAUGUGUUAAUGAAAAGUCAAAGUUCAUGCAUUUAUUGAAACAAUUGCUCCUUUUAUACUCUGCCCCUUGCUCACUGGUUAACGGCAAAUAACAUUUUUUUGUCCUCAGAAAUGUGGAAUGUUAAAUACAGCAAAUAAAACCAUUUUUGAAUUUA